UUACAUUCGUGAUAUUGCAGCUUCCUUAUCGGCCGUCAGCCGCCUACCGCUUAUCAGCAAUAAGUCGACGUUAUUAUAAAUUACACAAUGUCCCUCUCAAUUUUUAAGGAUCUACCUGCGGAGCAUCCGCGCCAUUUGAUACCAGAGCUCUGCAGACAAUUCUAUCACCUUGGCUGGGUCACCGGCACUGGCGGUGGCAUGAGCAUUAAAUACAACAAUGAAAUCUACAUAGCGCCGUCGGGAGUUCAAAAGGAACGCAUGCAGCCGGAGGACCUAUUUGUGCAGGACAUGGAGGGCAAGGAUCUGCAGUUGCCGCCCGAAAUCAAGGGUCUGACCAAAAGCCAAUGUACACCACUCUUUAUGCUCUCCUACAGACAUCGCAAUGCCGGCGCCGUCAUCCACACACACUCCCAGCACGCUGUAAUGGCGACGCUACUCUGGCCCGGUAAAACCUUUCGCUGUACGCAUCUGGAGAUGAUCAAAGGCGUUUACGAUGCGGUCAAAGGGCGCUAUUUGCGCUAUGAUGAGGAACUGGUUGUGCCUAUCAUCGAGAAUACACCAUUCGAGCGAGACUUAGCUGAUAGCAUGUAUGCAGCUAUGAUGGAGCAUCCAGGAUGCAGUGCAGUCCUAGUUCGUCGUCAUGGUGUCUAUGUGUGGGGUCAGACUUGGGAAAAGGCCAAGACCAUGUCGGAAUGCUAUGAUUACUUAUUCUCCAUCGCUGUUGAGAUGAAGAAAGCUGGAUUGGAUCCCGAAAAAUUUGAGGCAUCGAAUUAAGCAUUUGUGAAGUACAGAAAUAAUAAAAAAUACUUCGUCCUCGAGACGUGCAUCAA